GGCCUGAUUUUAACAGCUGUCGAUAAAAAGUAACACUUACUUGUUUAGUGGCUCAUCACUAAAGCCGCCACGUUUUGGUAAACGAAACGAAACGCAACGCUGACGAAAUCUGCAGUGAAAAUUGUUUAAAUUGAAAGCGUUAAAAAUGGUUUUGGAUUUGGAUCUGUUUCGCAGUGACAAGGGCGGCAAUCCCGAUGCGGUGCGCGAGAAUCAAAAAAAGCGCUUCAAAGAUGUUGGCCUCGUCGAAGCUGUCAUCGAAAAGGACACCGAAUGGCGUCAACGUCGGCAUCGAGCCGACAACCUAAAUAAGGUGAAGAACGUCUGCAGCAAGGUGAUUGGCGAGAAGAUGAAGAAGAAGGAGCCCGUGGGCGCCGAUGGUGAGGAGGUGCCGGCCUCAGUACGCUCAGACUUAACGCAAAUCACAGCCGAAACACUGCAAGAGUUGACUGUGAAUCAAAUUAAGCAAUUGCGCCUGCUCAUCGAUGAUGCUAUGACCGAGAAUCAAAAAGCACUGGAGGUGGCAGAACAGAGCAGAAAUACAUCGUUGCGUGAGGUGGGCAAUCAUUUGCACGAGUCGGUGCCCGUUUCCAAUGAUGAGGACGAGAAUCGUGUGGAGCGCACAUUUGGCGAUUGUACAAAGCGUGGCAAAUAUUCGCAUGUGGAUUUGAUUGUUAUGAUCGAUGGCAUGAAUGCCGAGAAGGGCGCUGUUGUAUCAGGUGGGCGUGGCUACUUCCUAACUGGCGCUGCUGUCUUCCUGGAGCAAGCCCUAAUACAACAUGCCCUGCAUUCGCUCUAUCAAAAGGAUUAUAUGCCUUUGUACACGCCCUUCUUUAUGCGCAAGGAGGUGAUGCAAGAGGUCGCCCAGCUCUCGCAAUUCGAUGAGGAACUGUACAAGGUGGUAGGCAAGGGCAGCGAACGUGCCGAGGAGAGUGGCACAGAUGAGAAGUACCUAAUAGCCACAUCGGAGCAACCUAUAGCCGCGUAUCAUCGUGAUGAAUGGCUGCCAGAGGCAUCGCUGCCCAUCAAAUAUGCUGGCCUGUCCACUUGUUUCCGCCAGGAGGUGGGCUCCCAUGGACGCGAUACACGUGGUAUCUUCCGAGUGCAUCAAUUCGAAAAGGUGGAACAAUUUGUGCUGACCUCGCCACAUGACAAUAAAUCGUGGGAAAUGAUGGACGAAAUGAUUGGCAAUGCGGAGCAGUUCUGUCAAUCUCUGGGUAUUCCAUAUCGCAUUGUCAACAUUGUUUCGGGUGCACUGAAUCAUGCUGCUUCCAAGAAGCUUGAUUUGGAGGCCUGGUUUGGUGGCAGUGGCGCCUACAGAGAGCUCGUCUCCUGCUCCAAUUGCUUGGACUAUCAGGCGCGUCGUCUGCUCGUUCGCUAUGGCCAAACCAAGAAGAUGAAUGCAGCUGUUGACUAUGUGCACAUGUUAAACGCCACAAUGUGCGCUGCGACGCGUGUCAUUUGCGCCAUCCUGGAAACCCAUCAGACGGAGACGGGCAUCAAGGUGCCAGAGCCAUUGAAGAAAUACAUGCCGUCCAAAUUCCAGGACGAGAUUCCAUUUGUUAAGCCAGCGCCAAUUGAUUUGGAGCAAGCUGCUGCCGACAAACAAAAGUCCAAGAAGGAGAAGACCAAGAAGGAUCCAGCUGCUGCUUAAACGAAAGACUAACUUUUAUACUGAAUGACAACUCGAAGAAGAUCAAGCGGCUGCAUAAUGGAAUGAUCCCAAUCCUCAAUCCACUCGAUUCACUCAGCAUAUAUUAAGCUUUCAAAAUUGUGUUAUUACUUAUUAUAUAUUUAUAGCAUUUAUUGCAAAAACGUUUUAUACUUAAAUCGGGCACAAGUUGCGCUUCACAAUGCAAAAGCUAUA